GAUUAAUGAUUGAAUAAUUAAGAAAUUUGAGAAUUUAAUUUUUGAUGUUUUGUAAGAUAGUGUUAGUGAAUUUCAAAUUUAAUUUUUCCGUUGAGCAAAAAUUGAGAUUAGGUCACAUUCAAUGGCUGGCAGACAAAUUAUAAUUUUCAAAAUAAGCGCUAAAAGAAGGGCAUAAAACUAUAAACAAUCGGGUUACGAAAAAAAAAAUUAUUCAAUAUUUCCAUUUUCUAAAUUCAAUUUAGAUUAACAAAUAACAAACUUCAAGGAAUUAUAAAGUACCAUUUAGCAUAUAUACAUUAAGUUAAAUAUGUUUUCUGUACAAAACUUGAAUCAUUCAUUUCACAAUCAACAAGCGAUUCUGUUUCAUCUAACAAACUUAACGCCAAGGAUUAAUAAGAAAUGCAUCAAGCAACAAAAUGCGAGUGAAUAUAAGCCAAGAAAAAAUAAUCAAAUAAAAGAGUCAACUUAUAUCACUUGUAAAAGUGACUUACUCGAAAUCAUCACUAAAGAGUUCAGGGAUUCUAUUGAAUAUAAUAGGAACUUUACAUUCAAUGUUGAUUUAAGCAGGUCUAAUAAAAGUUUGAAUAAAUCUUCGUCUGUCGCUUGGAAACCAGCACAAUAUGUCUCAACUGGAUCAUUUGAAACAAAUAAAAAUAUUUCGUAUUGUAGUGAUAGACAGCAAAGCAACUAUUUUACGAAUGGCAGUCUCAAGAAAAUAAAUAGAUUUGAUUUCACUUUAUUUAAUCUACAAACAAGAUCCUUUAAAACAUACAGAGCAUUAAUAGCCGAAAAUCAUCGAAAUCCUACAAUCUUAAGUCGUCUAAAGGAAGCAUAUAAUCAACCAGCUAGUUCCGGUGUUAAACGACAUGAUACUAUUAAUCAAACGUCACAGACAAAGCAAACAAUUCAGCAUGAAUCUUUAGCAAAGCUCUUAAAUCAAGUUGAAACAAAUCUCACAACUGAACAAAAACAUCAAUUAAAACUGGCGUUUGCUGAAGGAUAUUUGGCUGCGAACCAUCCAGAGAGUUCAGAAAAAGGUGGAAAGGCUAUGAAAUAUCUUAAGAUAAUUCAGCAACUUUUAAUGAUCAUUAUUAUUACUGCGAUCAUGGCGAGUCUUUUUACUUCCAAUAAUGGAUCAGUGUUUAGAAUCCAACUAGGAACAAAUGUUGAGAUCGAUCCAGAAGACAUUUCUGUUUCUUUUGAUGAUGUCAAAGGAUGUGACGAAGCCAAACAAGAGCUCAAAGAAGUGGUCGAGUUUUUGAAGAAUCCUGAAAAGUUUAGCAACUUGGGAGGAAAAUUACCAAAAGGAGUUCUAUUGGUGGGACCUCCUGGAACUGGAAAAACUCUUCUUGCUAGAGCUGUAGCAGGUGAGGCUGGUGUUCCAUUUUUCCAUGCAGCAGGACCAGAAUUUGACGAAGUUUUAGUUGGGCAAGGUGCGAGAAGAGUUCGAGAUUUAUUUAAAGCGGCUAAAGAUCGUGCACCAUGCGUUAUAUUUAUUGACGAAAUCGAUUCUGUUGGAGCUAAAAGAACCAACUCAGUACUUCAUCCUUAUGCGAAUCAAACAAUUAAUCAGCUCCUUUCAGAAAUGGAUGGCUUUCAACAAAAUGAAGGUGUAAUUGUACUUGGCGCCACAAACAGAAGAGAAGACCUAGAUCAAGCAUUGUUACGUCCAGGAAGAUUUGACGUUGAAGUUAACGUUCCUACUCCGGACUUUACUGGACGAAAAGAAAUUAUAACACAUUAUUUAGGAAAGAUUUUGAGUAAGGAUAUAAAUGUGGAUAUGCUGGCAAGAGGUACAACUGGCUUCACUGGAGCAGAUAUUGAAAACAUGGUGAAUCAAGCUGCUUUAAAAGCUGCAAUUGAAGGGGCAGAAGUGGUAUCAAUGCGUCAUCUUGAAAAUGCUCGUGAUAAAGUUCUGAUGGGUCCCGAACGAAAAGCUAGAAUUCCAGAUGAAGAAGCGAACAAAAUUACUGCUUAUCAUGAAGGUGGUCAUGCCAUUGUUGCUUACUAUACAAAGGUUGUUUAUCAAAUGUGUAAUUACUUAUGGAAAUCACAAUUUAUCAUGUUUUCCUUUUUAUUAGGAAUCACAUCCAUUGCAUAAAGUAACGAUAAUGCCGAGAGGUCCUUCAUUGGGCCAUACUGCGUAUAUUCCUGAAAAGGAAAGGUAUCAUAUAACUAAAACACAGCUAAUGGCUAUGCUUGACACUAUGCUUGGUGGAAGAGCUGCAGAAGAACUAAUUUUUGGAGCAGACAAAAUUACAUCCGGUGCUAGUAGUGACUUAAAGCAAGCAACUUCGAUUGCAUCACACAUGGUCAAAGACUGGGGAAUGUCAGAAAAAGUUGGUCUUCGAACAAUUGAAGGUGCAAAAGGUUUACAAGCUUCUGAAAAUCUUUCUUCGACAACAAUUGAAUCUGUUGAUUUUGAAAUUAAGAAAAUUUUAAGUGACAGUUAUGAGCGUGCAAAAGCCAUAUUGAAGACACAUUCAAAAGAGCAUAAAGCUCUUGCAGAAGCUUUACUUAAGUAUGAAACACUUGAUGCAGAAGACAUUAAAGCUAUUCUAGCUGGAGAUAAAAUUCCAGAUUCUUCUCACUGAAUACUUUAUAGUUAUAAAAGUUAAAAAUUAAUUUUUUUUGGGCUAAAACUCUAACUUAAAAAUAAAUGUACAGCUUGUUUAACUAAACUUUUAUCACAACUCUUCUGCGUGAAGUAUGAUUUGGAAUCAUUUUUUGAGAACAUUAAAUAAGACAUGUUAUUAGGAUUUUUUUUUGAAGAAUUAAUAAUGA